AUGUCUAUACGUCUACCACCAGGACAGGCGAUCCCUGACCCGGAGGAGCUCAUAGGAAGUGGCUCGGAGUCGGAGAGCAGCGACGAUGAUCAGGACUUCGACGAUUGGGUCGAGGAAGAUGCGCGCCCCUGCCGCUCUCUGUUCGAUGAGACCGUGUCCGCCUCAGUGGAGGAGUCGCUGAAGUACGACGAGAAGACGCAUGGGUUUGACUUGCGGGCAUUUGUGACGCGUCUCUCACUGGAUUCGUACGGGCGGAUACGAUUGAUCAACUACAUCCGGGCCACGAAACCUGCACCGAAGGACGCUCUCGCGUUGACGGGGAAGGAGCCCUUAUUCACUGAUGAUCAGUACCUGAAGCCUGCACUCGAGGAUGAUCCCCUUCUACGUGCGUCUGCCCUCAAGUGGUCCGAUUCUGAAGACAGCGAGGAUCCCGCUCGCAAAAUUCGUGCGCUUGAGAACAAGCUGGCGCAAGCGCAGCGCGAGCUUAUGGAAUACAGAGCCAUCGUUAACCGGCAGUUGGACCUCGACACCGUCAGGACCGAGGAGCCUGCGAAGCCUGCACGGGACGACGACACCCACUAUUUCGACAGCUACGCGGAGAACGACAUUCACGCCGUCAUGAUCAAUGACAAAGUUCGUACCUCGACAUACGCGCACUUCAUCCUCGGCAACCCGAAGCUGUUCGAGGACGCCAUCGUCCUCGAUGUCGGCUGCGGCACUGGUAUAUUGUCCCUCUUCGCUGCUCGUAGCGGCGCGAAGCGUGUCUUCGCCGUCGACGCGAGCGAAAUCGCCCUCAAGGCCGAGCAGAUCGUCAAAGCGAAUGGUUACGAAGAGGUCGUGACGGUGAUCCGGGGCAAAGUCGAGGACAUUCAACUUCCGGACGGCAUCGAGAAGGUCGAUAUCAUCAUCUCGGAGUGGAUGGGAUACGCGCUGUUGUACGAGUCGAUGUUGGACUCCGUACUGCGUGCGCGGGAUCGCUUCCAGCCAAAGGUCAUGGCACCUAGCCAGUGCCAGAUGAUGCUUGCCUUGUGCGACGGAGAUGAGGUAUAUAAGGAGAGGAUCGAGUUCUGGAAUGAUGUCUACGGCCUCGAUAUGUCCGUCAUGGCAGGCAGCAUCUACGAUGAGGCAAUCGUCGAUGUCGUUGGGCCGCAAAGCCUGCUCAGCGAGCCUGCAGUCGUCAAGGACCUUUACCUCGGCGACAUCACUCCUGCCCAACUCGACUUCGUCUCCACCUUCCAAUUGGUCGCCACCAACGACCGGCGCACUAAAGUCCGCGCCCUCGUACUCUACUUCGACACCUUCUUCACCGCGUCCGGCGCGCCCAUCAAAGAGGGUACCCAAGUCACCGUCGUGAAGAACCAGGAGGCGCAGCUCGCGGAGGUGUGGCCGGUGGGCGGCAAGCCUGCGCCGAAGCGGCGCCCGAGCUCGAAUGCGGAGAAGGAGAAGGACGCGAGCUUUAGCACGGGGCCGCAGAGCAUUCCGACGCACUGGAAACAGACGCUGUUCUUCUUGCGUGAGCCGAUCACUGUGAGCGAAGGUACCGUCGUGUAUGGCAGCUUCCACCUGAAGAAGAGCAAGACCAACUCUCGUGAACUGGAUGCAGAGAUACACUACUCGACGAAGACGAGCGUCGAUGCGCCUGCUACGGAGGAGACAGUGGUGCAGAUGUACAAAAUUCGAUGA